AUGAACGUGGAGCUGAGGAUGGAGCAGGACCAGCUCGUCAGGGGGAUCCACCAGCAACAGGCUUUACAGAACAUUGACGUGAAGGAAAGUUACGUUUGGAGCCAGUACCCUUACAAGUUCACCGAGCCAACAGUGGACCUGGUGGACGUGCUGCAGCGGCGCGUGGCCCUGCUGGUGGAGGAGAGCUCCCGGGACGCGGAGCUGCUGCGGCAGGUCGGCUCCGAGCUGCUGUGCCUGCAGAGCUCCGAGGUGAAGCUGGAGGGCCUGAUGGAGGAGCUGCACGCGGAUGCACAGCACGGAGCUGCGGUGGCAGAGAGCCUCCAGGCGGAGCUGCGCAGCAAGACAGCGGAGUUGGAGGAGCUACAAGACGUCAACAAAACCUUGACAGAGGAGCUGAGGGAUUUGAGCAGAGCUCAUCAGAAGGAGGUGAGAGAACUGCAGCAGGAGAAUGAGGGAAGUCUGAGGAAACUACAGGAGACGGCAGAACAGUUUGAAUGGCUGUGUCAGCAGCAGCGCUACUGGAUGGGUUGUGUCAAGAGAUUCAAAGACUGUCUGAUGGAGGAGAGGGAGGCUCUGCUGCAGCAGGUCAGCAUGUUGGAAAAGAAAGCUGAGAAACUGAAGACGAGUUCACACGACGCCAGUCCCACACAGAGCCUCCUCUGCCCCCUACAGGACACAGAGAGCUGUGACGGCCCGACGACAUGGGAAGCAGAUGCAGUGGCCGACCUGGAGUCUCAGGAGGAGAAGUCAAACGCGCUGUAUGAGGAGCUCUUUAACCAGGCAGGGAGUUCUAUCAACGGACACCAAAAACCUCCUUGAGGACAGAAGCCUGGAGCCUGGACUCAUCUUUGUUUUCUCUUCCCACCUUUUGCAAACCAAAAGAUAAUGACUAGAUGUUUGUGUGUGUGGUUAGCUAUGUAGAACACUUCCCAGUCAUUGUGUAGAAAAACCAAAGAAUCUUGGAAAAACAUACCUGUGAAACCACAAAUUCACUGUUUGUCUUCCACAAUUGUUAACCUGCCUUGGAAAGAAUCUGCCUCGUGAUA